AUGCAGAUUGUCAACAUCAACAGUCGGCCGAGGAGGCUGGCAAGCGCUCAGUCGCAGAGCAAGUUCUUGAGUCUGCCCGCUGAGCUACGUUCUAUCAUCUGGAAACAUCUGUUAGGCGAAAAGCACAUCGCAUUGUAUUACAAGAACGGUAGAAUCGCCUUCGAGUUCCUGGAGGAUGAGGGCCCUGAUGAAGUAGCGAACAUCGCACCAGCGGUCAUCCAGGCAGUCCACACAAACUACGCUACAAACCUGCACGGCAAGCGCGAGAGAACCAACGUGUUGGCGGUGCUCCAGUCAUGCCAGCUAGUGUAA